AUGUAUUUUACAUCCACAGCUACGGAAACAAUCGAAAUCUAUGGUCAAAAGUACCAACCAGAUGGAGUCACAAACAUAACUCCAACCCUGCUAUCCAAAAUCCCUCGCCAAAUACACCGACAACCGCACAAUCCACUCAACAUCCUAAAGAAACGCAUAGAAUCCCACUUUAACGACUUCCACGUAAUGGACUCCUUCACCCCUGUAACAACCCUUGUGAAAAACUUUGACGACCUGUUGUUUCCGACAGAUCAUCCAUCUAAAGGUCCCACAGACACGUAUUACAUAAACAAGGACAAUAUACUGCGGACACAUACAUCAAACCAUCAAUUAGAAGUCCUGUCGUCAAAGCAAGCAGACAAGUACUUGUUGAGUGCAGAUGUAUACAGACGUGACGAGAUCAACAUAUCGCACUACCCGAUAUUCCAUCAGAUGGAAUCGCUUCGUAUAUUCUCACGAGAUAAUCUCGAGUCUGAGAUUUCUAAAAGCAUGCCAAACCCAACACUCGUAGACUCGAAAGGACGCACCAUCGCUACGUUUGUAGACGACACGACUAUUGGACCAACAAACCCAAUCCAACAAGGUCACCAUACAGCUCGAGAAUCGGAACUGCUGGCCAUGCAUUUGAAAAAGAGUCUUGAAUCCCUGUUUAUUGAAUUGUUUAGACAUGAAUUGGAUGGACAGACGUUACAGGUGCGGUGGAUUGAAGCGUACUUCCCAUUCACGUCUCCGAGCUGGGAGAUGGAGGUGCUGUAUCAGGGGAAAUGGCUGGAGGUAUUUGGAUGUGGGGUUACGAGGCAGGAGAUUGUGAAUAGAUCAGGCAACUCUGACAAAGUAGGAUGGGCAUUUGGCCUAGGUCUCGAGCGAAUCGCCAUGCCACUCUUCAACAUUCCUGACAUUCGUCUCUUUUGGAGUCAAGAUCCACGCGUCACUGAUCAAUUCAAACGUGUGAUACCUGGAAAACCACUACCUAAAUACGUGCCAAUAUCACGAUAUCCAGCGUGCUAUAAAGAUGUUUCGUUUUGGAUGGGAUCUCAAGAGGUUCCUCAGAACGAGGUGAUGGAGAUUGUGAGGGAUGCUGGUGGUGAUUUGGUUGAGGAUGUUACGCUGAUUGAUUCCUUCCAACAUCCGAAAACAAAGCGGACAAGUCAUUGCUAUCGAAUCAACUAUCGAUCACUGGAUCGGACAUUGACAAAUGAAGAGUGUGAUUCUAUUCACGAAAUAAUAAGACAGAAGCUUGUACAGCAGUACUCUAAGAUCCUGGCAGCUUCCUCAUGGAACAAGAUUGGCACCUGCCUGGAGUUUGCUGGUGACUGCUUCAUAUGGAUCCUAGGCCCCAUACUAGUAGUGUCAGCAACAGCACUCGUAACGCUCUGUGCUUAUGUAUUCUAUCUCGUGCUGCUGCCAUGGGAAUACGGCUUCUUGACUAAAUUGGACGAUGGUGCAAAAGUUAUAAAUCAGGACAAUCAGAGUCUGCCAUUCAGCUACUACUUCCAGAUCGCGCUCAGUAUCUAUGUGCUGCUUCUCAUAGCACAGAACUAUGCCUGUGUCGUGUUUACAGAUGCGGGAGGGACGGAUGUGCUGAGGAAACAGUUGGAGAGUCGCAUUCCUCAUGAGCAUGACCAUGAGGACGAGCAUAGGAAUACGAGUAAUGGGAAUUCAGAGCAUACGAUACUCAUGGAGCCGCUUAUGAGUACGAAUGGAUCGGCUGGGGAGGGAGAGAGGAGUAUGAGAACUUGUAAAAAGUGUAAUGGCCCUAAACCAGAGAGGACGCAUCACUGUAGUAUCUGUAAAAAAUGUGUGAAGAGGCUAGAUCACCACUGUCCGUGGGUUGGAAGAUGUGGUAUGAAUGUUGAAAUCGGCCACUUCAACCAUCGGUAUUUCUACCUAUUUAUGUGCUACCUGCUGUUUGCAGCAGUCUACUAUUUCAUUAGUGGAUUUAAUCUGUUCUGGGCAGCGUUUGUCAAGCAUGAAUCAAUACCGUGGCCGUCAGCGAAUUGGGCAGUGAUGUUCCUGUUUUCGUUCUUGUUGGCUGGAACCAUUAGUAUUGCGCUGGCUCUGUUGGUGUCGUUUCACACCUUCCUCAUACUUACUGCACAAACUACAAUCGAGUUUUAUGAGAAUCAGUACCUGAAUAAAGUUGCUAGAGCUCGUGGAGAGGUCUUCAUCAACGAAUACGAUCUCGGGAGACGGCGUAACUUUGCCAUAUUCUUCAACAUUGGUAAAAAGUACAAGUGGUGGACUAUUUUGCUGCCUAUGCGGGUGCCGCCGUUAGGUGAUGGAACAACAUGGCUUACGUCGCGGACGCUGUCAUCACGCAGUUUCUCACUGGACGGAUCGCAAUUCAAAGACCACAUUACACCGAUAUAG